AUGCCUGAAGAUCUCGAUCUGAAUGAUGAACGCCGAGAUAGCCAGGAAGACGGCGGCGAGGAAGAAGAAGAGAUCGCAGCAAUGAAGAGGCGCGUCGCGGAAAUGGAGUCCGAAGCGGCGAAGCUGCGAGAAAUGCAGAGUCAACUAGAACAACAGUCAGAGAGCGGCCGCAGGGAAGACCGAGAAGAUGUCGAUGCGCGCAGUAUCUUCGUCGGCAACGUGGACUACAGCGCAACACCAGAAGAGAUCCAAGCACACUUUGCAAGUGGACCAGGGACAAUAAACCGCGUCACGAUUCUGCUGGACAAGUUCACUGGUCAUCCAAAGGGGUAUGCAUAUGUGGAAUUCUCAGAUCCUGCACUGGUGGCACAGGCCUUGGUUCUUAACGAGAGUCUCUUCCGUGGCCGCAAUCUCAAGGUUGUUCCAAAACGCACCAACCUUCCCGGCAUGAGUCGAGGUAGAGGAGCAGGCAGAGGCGCUCCAGCCCGCGGCGGUCGAGGAGGCUUUGGAACCCGAGGUGGUUACGGUGGUAGCUAUGCAGGACCAGGUGGUGGCUACGCCCCCCGAGGCGGCCCACGUGGUGGUUUUAGAGGACGAGCUCGUGGAUAUGCCCCUUAUUGA